ACCAAUGGCCAAGUUGAAUCUUAAACCUUUGAGAUCAGAUAUGAAAAUACUGCUCAAUCAUAUUGGUAAGGAAACUUUCCAGCUUGGCAUCGAACUUGGAUUGUCUGUGGUUGAAAUGCAUCAGAUUCAAUCGAAUCAUGUUACAAAUCUUCGUGGCCAAACAGAAGAGGUGCUUUGCAAAUGGCGGAAGCAGUAUCAUGCUACAUAUGAAGUUUUAGUCAAAACUCUUUAUCGCCUGGACUUGGCUGGUGUUGUAGAAUCCUUAACAUACGAAGUAGGAGUAAAGGAGGAAAUUGAAGAUAGAAUCAGCGAUUAUCGGAACGAAAUUAUAGAGGAGUUAGUCAUAAGUGAUAUCUUAGAUGAUAUGAUGACACAUCUGGUGGUAUCAGUUGACGACAGACGACGCAUUGAACAACAUGCUGGACAAGAUGAUCAAAAUAAAGCAUUGGUUGAUUUACUGAUGAAUAGGAGAGAGCCUACGUAUACCGUGUUUGUUAAAUCGUUGCAGAAGAAUGGAUACCAAGAUUUGGCUACGAAUUUGAAAUAUGAAUCACAGGAUCUAAGCUCAAGUUCAAAAUCAUCACCUAUUGAAAGUAAAAGAUUAUCAGUGGUGACUAAUCAACACUAUAAAGUUCGCCUUCAGAAGAAUUACUCCCUUAUCGUCGCUAGUAUUAAACACGAUGACAUAGUAGACCAUCUGAUAACAAGUGAUGUGUUGUCAGUAGAUGAAAGGCAAAAGAUAGAAGCUUGUAAAUCACAAAAAGAAAAGAACAGGGAAUUAAUGGAUAUGCUUUUGCAUAGCAAUAUAUGUAAACACGCAUAUACUGAAUUUCUUAAAUCGUUAGGAGAAGACCCUACGUAUAGAGACCUAGCGGGUCAUAUUGAUAACACAGAAGUUACAUCUGAAGAUAUGGCAACUUUUCAAUGUUGCUUCAAGUCAACUGGGUAUGAUGCAGGCAUUUAGGAAGAAAAUUUUCAACAUAACAAAACUUCAACAGCAGACAUGUUGUUUUGUUGACGGCUCAUCUUAAUAGUUUUUGUAUACUAGUAUGUGUAUAUAUCUGUUUAACCUGCUAACCUAUGUAUAUAUAUACAUUGAAUAAACAAUUGACUUGUAUGUACAACACGAUUUGAUUAGACACGUACAAUGGAAAGGUAUAAACAAUAACAGUGAUUAAAUUGUAGAUAUGUAUAAAAUAGAUGUGUGUGUGGAUUCGUAAGUAAGCUAUAGAAAUAAUGAACAAAAAAACUUCAUGAAUUACUUUAAUAAUUUAUGUUAAGUUGUUAAUGACAUAAAUACAAUUUAAAAAAUGUGGUUUCCUGUAAUUCCUGAUUGCA